AUGAAAGAAUCUAGUGACGAUAUCUACAGCCGAGUAAGAAAAAUCAAGUUUAAGAGAGUAGGCUUGGAAACUAAUAACAAAAGUAAUAAUACUAGAAAUAUUAAUUUAAAAGAAAAACUUGAUAAUAAAUCAGAAAAUUCUGAACCAUUUAAUUUUCAAGGUAAAGAGAAGAAAAAGAAAGGGGAAGGAAGAAUUAUAACAUCAAACACCACAGUACAGGGUUUUCAUACAAAAUUUCAACAAGAACUUAAAGUUGGUGAUUAUAUAGAAAUUGAACAUCCGAAUACAUUAAUUAAAGAAAGUAGAAAAGUGAUAAAUAUUAUAAGUGAAAGAACAUUAAUAAUUGAGAGGGAAUUUUCUUGUGAUUUGGUUUCAACUAGUGAAUAUUACUAUAUUAGUACUAAUGAUAUAGAUAAUGACUUGUCUGUAAUAAGCAAAAGUAAUACAUAUUCCUAUAGAGAAAAGGAUGGAAUGUUUAAGUAUAAGACUGUAGUUAAGUCAGUGAAUUCAAGCUUAUCAAGAGAAGACAUCUUGGAUAUUAGAGCUAAAAAACAGAGAGAUAAAUAUUGUUGGAUAUAG